UCUACAUCAUUUUUAAAUUUAUCAAACUGUGAUGAUAGCAAUAAGAGUUUAAAAAUGAGUGAAACUCAAAAUACCAGUGAAUACAACCCAACUGAUGAAACUCAAUGUUCAUCAGAAAUUAAUAAUACAGAAGUAACGGCAAAUGAUUCUGAUAUUAAUAAUAAUAGUAUUAAUGAAACAAACAGUGCAUCCGAAAGCGAUGAAUAUAGUCAAUUAAAAUUUAAUGUUCCUGGAAAUAGUGCAUGUAAUGAUUUGGAAUUAACUGCUGAAAUGUCAAAUGGUCCUAAAGGUGAUAACAAAAAAAUUUUUGUGUAUUUUGCAAGACUUUACAAACUAAAAUAGCGCGUCAUUUGGAAAAUAAACACUGUGAUGAAGAUCAAGUUAAAGAUUUCUUAAACUUACCAAAAGGAUGUGCUGAACGUUGGCACAAAAUAGCAAGCAUAAGAAAAAAAGGAAACUUUAUUUUCAACGCAACAAAGGACUAUAAUCAUGGGAAAUUGAUAACUGUUAGAAGACCUACAAAAGAGACUAAACGGAAUGGUACAAAUUUUGUUAAUUGUCCUUAUUGUAAUGGAUUUUAUGCGCAAAAUAAUUUAAGACAUCAUGUACAACAAUGUAAGGACAAUAAAAAUUCAAGUUCAAGUUCCUCUCGACAAAUUUUACAAAAUGCUCGAAGGGUUCUUGGCAGAUAUCAUCCAGAAACAAGCAGAAGAAUGAGAGUAGAAAUAUUACCGGUCUUACAAGAAGAUGAAAUAUCCAAAGCUAUAAGAUAUGACCGUGCAAUUAUUUUAUAUGGAAAUAAUAUGUGCAAAAGCCAAGUUCAUCAACAUCAGAAUAAUUAUAUACGAGCUCAUUUACGCCUUUUAGGUCGUUUCGUACUAGCUUUGAGAAAUCGAAACUCCGAAAUUAAUACUUUAGCUGCUGCAUAUGAUCCACAAUUUUAUAAAACAGUAAUUGAGGCAAUUAAUGAUAUUGCAGAAUUUGAUUACAAAACAAACAUGUAUAAACGUCCAACUAAUGCAUCUACUCUCGGCACUUGUAUAAAAAAGAUCGGUAAAAUCUUAGAUGUUACAUACAUGGUAGACAAUGAUUUAAUAAAACGGAAAAAUGUUGAGGAUUUUAUGAAGAUUUAUGAUGUAGAUUUUAGUGGAACUGUAAAUAAAGUGGUGAUAGAAACUCAAACAAAAGUAAAACGGCACAAAAAGAUAGUAUUGCCUCGAACAAGUGAUAUUAAAAUUUUAAGUGACUAUUUGAAAAAAAAAAUACACGAAAAUAUUAAAGUAUUAUCAAAAGAAUUUUCAUAUGAAGUAUGUAAAGCACUAGCUGAAGCAACACUCAUAGCCAUUCAAGUAUUUAAUCGUCGUAGAGCCGGAGAAACUGAAAGAAUUUUAAUUAAUGACUAUAAAAACCAUGAAUGCGCCUGUGGACCUAACACUAUAUGUAAAUUUUCUACACAAACCGGCACAACUCAUAAAUAUGUUAGAUUUACUAUUCGCGGUAAAUUAAAUAGAACAGUUCCAGUACUAUUAGAUGCGCAAAUGUUCAAAAGUAUUCAACUUUUAUUACAAUUUCGGACAAAUGCUAAGGUGCCACCAAAUAAUCCUUUCGUGUUUGGAUUACCUAGUGUUAACAAAGAUCACUAUAAACAUUUAAGAGCUUGUAAACUAAUGCGAGGUUUUGCAAGUGAAUGUGGAGCUAAAAAUAUUUCCUCCCUUCGUGGUACUGCUUUGCGCAAACAUGUCGCAACAAAAUGUGUGGAUUUAAAUUUAUCAGAUAAUCAAGUAACAAGGGUAGCAAACUUUAUGGGUCAUCAUGAACAUAUACACAAAGAAAUUUACAGACAACCUGUUGCUAAAGUUGAUAUACUAGAAAUGUCAAAAAUUUUAGAAAAAGCUCAAGGUGUGGAUACGACAACCUCUAACGAAACUGAUGUAACUAUGAACAAUGAAAAGGAUAAUCUUUCUUUCAAUAAUCAAGAUAUAACACAGACAAUUGUCGAUUUAAAUGAAGUAUCUACUGAUAUCUCACAAACAUUUGUCGAUACAAAUGAAGAAACUAUUGAUACCUCAGUAGAAACGAAAAAAAAUAAGGAAAUACCGAAAAAAAAGAAACAAGAAAUAAAGUCGUGA